AUGGAGGGCAGUUCUAUACUCCAUGCUUUCACUAACAUUUAUUUUGCCAUUUUUGCUUUAUUUUGCUUCAAGCUUUUAAUUAAGAUCUCCUUGGCUCUGCUGACCCAUUUCUAUAUUGUUAAAGGCAACAGAAAAGAGGCUGCCAGGAUAGCAGAAGAGAUCUAUGGAAUAGUCCCAGGCAGCUGGGCAGACAGGUCGCCGCUACACGAUGCUGCGUUCCAAGGACGCCUCCUGUCUUUGAAAACCUUGAUUGCACAGGGAUUCAACGUGAACCUCGUGACCACCGAUCGGGUUUCGGCUCUCCACGAGGCCUGCCUGGGCGGCCACGUGGCCUGCGCAAAGGUGCUGCUCGAGAACGGCGCUCAAGUCAAUGCAGUCACUGUUGAUGGGAUCACACCUCUGUUUAACGCCUGCUGCAGUGGCAGCGUGGCUUGUGUCAACAUGCUGCUCGAAUUCGGAGCCAAGCCACAGCUCGGGAAUCACCUUGCUUCGCCUAUUCAUGAAGCAGUGAAGAGAGGUCACAGGGAGUGCAUGGAAAUCCUUCUGGCCCAUGAGGUGGACAUCGAUCAAGAAGAUCUGCAGCAUGGGACACUGCUUUAUGUGGCUUGCACAUACCAAAGGACAGACUGUGUCAAGAAGCUUUUAGAGCUAGGAGCCAACGUUAAUGUGGGUAAACGAUUAGACACCCCCCUUCAUGCUGCAGCAAGGAAAUCCAGUGUGGAAGUGGUCGUCUUGCUGACCGACUAUGGUGCCAGCCUGAAAUGCAGAAAUGCUGAUUUCAAAUGUGCACUGGAUCUUGCUGCACCCAACAGCAAAGUGGCACAGGUGCUUUUGCUUCGGGAAGGUCCUGCCAGCCUUGCCCAACUAUGUCGGUUGUCUAUCAGAAAGCAUCUGGGCCGAUCAUGUCUAUAUGCAGUCCACAAGCUGCACCUGCCUGAGCCGCUUGAGAACUUUCUCCUAUAUCGAUAAAUAUGUGAGGAAUAAAUGGUUGUUUACUCCAAAAUUAUUAUAUCAAAAAAAAAAAAAAAAAUCAAAGACAUCAUUUACUGUCUACUGCAUAAAUUGAAGCCAAUGGAAAACACUUUUUCAUAGGCACUGAAUGAUAUUAUGGAUAUAACACCCUCACAAUUUAAUGUAACAUCCACUUAGGACAGAUUGAGAAGUUAUCAUACAUGAACAGAUUGCUUGACAUGUUUUUGUAGAUGCAAUUGCACACAUUCACCCACCCACAGACACACACAAAUGGAUUUCCCCUACAUUUAGUGAUAUCUCAUGAUCCUAUAUUUUCAUGUAAUGUCUGUACAACAGCUUCCUUUUCUUGCCCUCCAGGCUUACCAUCAAAAUCAAGAGAGUAGCUGUUAGUCUUCCCUCAGUGUGAGAAUGAAAAACCUUUGGCACCCAGUUUCAGCUGCAUAUCAUGUAUCGCACACCUUUGGUUCACUUUGGCUUCAAGUCCUGCCACUUCUUUUCUGUGCUCUAGAGCUGUUGCAGUGACUUGCAGUAGGCUCUGGCUUCACAGCCAUCUGGCCCCUUGCCCUGAGUCCAGAUGUCCAUGAAACGAAUGCAUCUUAUCCUCUGCUAAGUGAGUGGUGUUACCAAAGCAGGUGUGGGAUCUUGGGUAAGUUUUCCCCAUGGAUGAGUACGGGUCUUAAAAUUCUCAUCUUUUCUAAAAGAAAAAUUCUCUCUAAGCUGUAACACUUGAGAUCUGGCUAUGUUCAUUAUAUGAAUCAUUUUUCUUAGCUAAAU